CAGUUAAACACUUGAGUGAGACGUACAUACAUAUGUACAUAUAUACGUAAGUGUAUAGAAAUGUAAAACCAAAAGUUGCGACACUGGCGUUGCGGAAAGAAAUUGUGUGUGCGAAAAUUGUCAGCGUAAUUAAAUUGAAGAGCGUUUAAGUGUGCACCCUCCAAGAGUUCCAGGAGAAGGAAGUAAAUAUACAUACAUAUACACACUUGUAAAUUAUUCACUUAAUUGGAGGAAAGUGGAGUGUAGUGGCAUGAAGUUUGACUUUGAGCACAAUUAAAAUAUCUAAAGCUGCAAAAUAACUAACUGAAGUCUUAUUUGCCUGCGCUAAAGCAAAGAAAGCGCGGAAGUUAACUCAGCGUAUUACAAAAAGAACUCUGCUUUAUGUGCGAAAAAUGUAGGGAAUUGACCAGUUUAAGAGAUGUUAUACUUGAAAAUGCCAAAUUUUUAUUUGCAAAGACCUCAAUGAUUUACUACCCGGCAAUAUUUAUCACCAAAAACGUUUGAGGAAAUGUUAAUUUGGGGCACGCUAUUGGAACGUACCCCCGCGUAUAUUAGAGACAACACACAGGCCGGCUGGCAUGGCAGUACAAAAAUCAGGAAUUCGACAUAAGACCACUGCGCACAAAACCCAAUACAACGCACGCGCUUUUCACACUGGUCAACUGUCAUUUGAAGAACUCCUACGAUACGAGUCCCACAUUUCGCUUGUAUGCAGCUGGUCGUUCUUUCGCCAAUGUGCAGACGCCUCAAUGUGGCAUAGUUUCAGGGCAAAGUACUUACAAUACUCCGAACGGAAAUGCCAUGGCCCGCCACAGACAAACCACACAACAAAGCCCACGGGCGCACAACUACAACAUCGGCAACAAUCGCACGUCGGCUGUUCUUCUGCAUAGGUGCGUGCAAAGUAACUGUAGCAUUUGCUUUGAAAACAGUACCGCAUGCCAGAUAACGUUGGCUACCAAGGUGCGUCGAAAAUCACGACAUCCGCCAACGAGAGCAAAGCUUUCGAAGAGCCUUCAUCUUUUGGUACCCGCUUUGCAACUGUCUUUACAUAAUCUACUCACUAUCCCGCUUGCGCAACUACUUUGGCUGCUUUGUUGUCUGAGUCUAGCCCAUCCCACAUUGGCCGAUUGUCCCAGCAUGUGCGAGUGCAAGUGGAAAAGCGGCAAAGAGUCAGUUUUGUGCCUUAAUGCGAAUCUCACACAUAUCCCGGUGCCCUUAGAUGCCGGUACACAGGUUCUCGACUUGACUGGCAAUGAUAUCGCCAGCAUACCGCACGACACCUUUGCGGCGGUUAAUUUGCUCAAUCUACAAAAGGUCUAUCUGGCCAAAUGCCGAAUGCGUGUGAUCGAACGUUUUGCCUUUCGCAAGCUCAUCAAUCUGGUUGAACUAGAUCUGAGCUAUAAUUUGCUGAGCAGCAUACCUACCGACACAUUCGAAUUCAUAACCGAGCUGCGUGAAAUCAAACUCAACGGCAAUCCGAUUUUGCGUGUAGAAGAUGAUGCUUUCGGCUUUGUGCCGCAGCUGGUACGCUUAGAAAUGUCCGACUGUAAGUUGACGACGGUCGAAGUGCGUGCCUUUGCCGGCCUUGAGUCGACGUUGGAAUGGCUGAAAUUGGAUGGUAAUAAAUUGAGUGAGGUGCGGUCGGGCACCAUAACAUCUCUCACGAAUUUGCACGGCAUUGAGUUGGCACGCAAUCAGUGGAAUUGUUCCUGCGCAUUGCGGCCGCUGCGUGCAUGGAUGCUGCGCGAGAAUAUACCAUAUGGCAUACCACCGCUGUGUCGCGCACCACCGCGUCUGGCUGGCAAAACCUGGGAUAAAAUCGACCUGGAUGACUUUGCUUGCGUGCCGCAGAUAAUUGCCACCGACACAACGGCACAUGGUGUGGAGGGACGCAAUGUGACGAUGAGCUGUUAUGUGGAGGGCGUGCCGGAACCAUCGGUGCGAUGGAUGGUGAAAAAUCGUGUGAUUGCCAACCUAACUGCAACGGGUGACCCAACGGCAAGUCCGCGCACUGCGGCAGCAACGCAAGGCCGCAAGACGUACGUGGUAAACAUGUUACGCAACGCCUCCAAUCUGACCAUACUUACCGCCGACAUGCAGGAUGCGGGCAUUUAUACCUGCGCAGCUGAGAACAAAGCCGGCAAAGUGGAGGCAUCCGUUACACUGGCUGUUUCGCGACGACCACCCGAGGCGCCGUUGGGUGCAAAAAUCGUGCUCCUAUGCAUUUUUACAGCCUUGCUCUUUGUAGUUGGCUCCUCAUUUGCCGCAAUUUGUUUUUGUUCGCUACGUCGUAAACGCAAAAUGCGUUUGUGGAACUCAGUACCACCAGCGCGCACGGAGAGUUAUGAAAAAAUUGAGAUGACAUCACGCGUCUGCUCGACCAGCGGCAAUGGCCCGAAUGGUGGCAAUGGUGGCGGUGCUGGUAUGGGCAAUCGAAAACCCGAUUUGGGUGGCGGUUCCACGGUUGGUGGUGUGGAUGUGUCUGGCAACUUUUGCAAUACUAAUGGCGGUGGCGGCGGUUUAUUUCCUAACGACGACAGCGAUUACCUGCACACAGCUACGACUCCCCUUAAUUGUGGCUCAGAUGACGGCGGUGAUACUGGUGUGGCUAUUGUGAACCCAAGUGGUGGGAGCGCCAAACGCAACGGUGACUACCGCAAUAUACCAACACACUGCGACGAUGACGAGGAUUGUUUGGAUGCCAACUACCAGUCGGCGGCAAAAACCAACUAUGCGGGUGGCAAACACGCAAAUCAGACAUCAGCUGCGCUACGCUGGCGUGCGGGUAUUGGUGGUGGUGGUGGUACAGCGGGGAUGCGCGAAAAUCCGCAAGAUAUCAAAAGAAAUGUAAACGCGGGGAGCGGCAGUGGUGAAUGUGAGAGCGAUGUGGGGCCACAAAAAUCGGAUUUACACAUACCAAGGCUAAUCGAAUUAGGCGGUUCGGACUCUGCCUCAAGUUCCAUCUCUAGUCAAGUGGACGCCGCUGCACGCUUGGGUGGUUACAAUCCAAUUCCCACCUGGACAACCACACCCAUUGCUACAACUAAGAUAACCUCACCGCAUAGCAAACGAACGGGCGGACAAACAGUUGGUCCCAACAACAAUGCUUACUACAACAACGAUGAUGUCAGCACCUCGGUGUUCUGCAGUGGCGACAGCGUCGAGAAUGAUCUCUUCGACAGCAACUACCCCGAUUUGCUGGACAUCGCCAAGUACGCAGUGGCGCAGGCGACUAACUCCAACAACAAUAACUCGCAUUACGGCGUAAAUGCAGGAGCGGGUAGCUCGACAAAUGCGGCGCUUUGUACACUGCCUCGAAAAUUGAAAAACACCGGCAAAUACUUUAAAAGCUCAUCGGACAGUCAGUCACCGCUGUUGGCGGACAACUCAAGUAAAUAUGGCAGCAGCACGUUGGGUGAUGCCAGCUUUCUAAAUGAGCUGACGAUGGGCCGACGCUUCUCGGCCGAAUCGUCAUACUCGAAUUACGUUGGCACAUCCACAUACACCAGCGGGCAGCGUUCGAAUAGUUUCCUCAACUUGGUGCAAAGCAGCAAUAAAGGAAAUAUAAACCUAAACAGCAGCGCUGCUUUGGGUGCCGCGGCUAUGGGAGUUAAUGGCGUGCGACGCAACCCCAGUUUGCCAUCUUCCCCCGUGCACGAUACACAUCAGCACCAGCGUUCCUUCAGCUCAGCGGCAACGCCACUAUUGGACUUCUCUACGCUAACCGCACGCACGGGCGUAGCCACAACCCCAGCCGUUAACCUAGCCGCCGUCUCUGCAGCAUUACAGCCAACAACGAAUACGUCGACAGUGGCGGCUUACGACUACCAUGCCGCGCAACUGGAACGCUUCCUCGAAGAGUAUCGCAAUCUACAGGAUCAGUUGUGCAAGAUGAAGGAAACCUGCGAAACGAUACGCAAGAAAGAGGUGCCAAUGCGCGGUGCGGUUGGACAUUCGGCCCAACUGGCCGAUCCGGUGAUGUAUAACGCAGCACUUGCGGCGAACAACUCACCCGCCGCGAACCCGAAAACCACGACACUAAAGAGUAAAACACUGCUGCCGGGACAACCACCCGAUCCGCCGCCUUAUUGGCUGCACCGCAACGCGAUGCUGAAGCGUCUGAACGAAUCGCAAGCGGAUAUAUUUAAGAGCUAAUGAGACUGAGGCUGUAGCAAACAGUAGCAGCCAACAGGGCGUGUAGGCGUAGCCGUGUUUUGCUAGUAAACUCACAUUAUACUUGUUAUUUAAUCGUAUGAAGCGGAAACGUGGUUAAUUUAGUUAAAAUUACCGACUCAAUUUGGUCCCAUAGUUAUAUCUAUGCAUACAUACGAACAAAAUGCGCAUUCCAAAUUUAAACUUUUUUUAAGAAAAUACAGUUAGUGUGCUCAGUUACACAACAUAGGCAUUAUUCAAGGUCAAUGAAACAUCAAACUCAACUCGCAAAUAAAUAUUUAUGUCAACUACAUAGUUUUAACUGUAUAUAUUCACACACACAUAUAACACAGAAGCGAUACAAGUAUUUCUUACCUAAAGUCUAAAUAUUUAUAAGCAUAAGUUACUCUGUAAUGGAAAGCUCUAGUACUUAAAUUACUUAUACAAAUACAGCAAUUACAUUAAACUAUAGCAAAGUAACAGUUAGACUAGCCAGUAUGUAUACUAGACAAGACAUAAAUCAAGCAACUAAAAUAUUUUUAACUAUUAUCUCUAAAAAGCAUGUGUACGAUCUCGUAUUCCUUUCCGAUACUAAGCCGCAAGGCGAUUUGUUAAAGGUUUUGUGUAAAUGGGUCGCAUAGGUAGUUGUGGGGGUAGGCGGAAUAAUCUUAGGAUGGCAGUUGACCGUUAAUUAUGCGACCGAGUGUUCGAUUGUGCAUGAAAAUGUGAAAAAAAAAAUACUGUUAGUUGUGUGCAAUACAAGUUUAACUUAAAAUUAGUUUGUAAAGUAUUGAACUAAGUAGUGCAUAAUCAAAGUUAGUUAUUACAUUAGGGAUAUAUAAAUAAGAUAAAUUGAGA